CGACAUGAUGUGUCAGAAAGAGUCAAACCCAUGCAAUGUCCGAGACGAGUUUCCAGGAUUCGUCCGGAAAGAGACGCCGUCCAGAUGGGGGAAAUAUGUAUGUAAGUCGGUGCUGGUCGUGGCGUCAUCGUCGUCUUGAUGAUUCGAGGGAUGAAGCGCCGUCUGCACACCGACCACACAAGGUCGCUUAGGGCUAUGGACGGGAUGUUCAGCCUCUUUUUUUGCUCUGUUGUUCUUUUAGAUUAAUCGGUGAUGAUGAUGUUGGUUAUCCCCUGUGGAACCAAGACCAUUGGCUUCGUCAGACGAACAGAAAGUUAGGAAGACGGAGGCAUUGCUCAGCCUAGUUAGUUCCUGCAAGCUUCGAUAUGCACUGCAGAGGCCUCCACUGCGGCCACUGGAAGAG